UCUGUCGCAUCUUGAACGCUCAGCCGCGCAGCCAGCCGCAUCCGUUGUAACCAAAGCGGCCAUUGACUCGACCAAUUCGACCUGAAAUACUUACAAGCUCGUCCCUUCUUCAGUCCCCAUAAUGUCUACCGGCAACCCGCAACAGCCUACCACGGGCGUGUCGGAAAAGGUUGACGAAUCCUACGCCGAGAGUAAGGCCAAGUUCGAAAACAAAGCGAAGAGCGAGUACUUUGAUCCUUGCCAGGAACUUGCCCAGAAGAGCAUCAAGUGCCUGCACAGAAACGGUGGCGAUAAAACCAUGUGUGGCGACUAUUUCCAGGCCUAUAGAGACUGCAAAAAGGCCUGGCUCGACAGACGAAAAGAAGAGAGGAAGAAGAACGGCGCCUGGUGGUAAUCGAUCGCGCUCUACGCUCGCUCGUGCGACGAACGUGACGACACCGAGACGGACCGAACCCUUUCGAAGCCAGCGGAAAGGAACGUCGAGCGAGAAGGAGGGACAGUGUACACUAUGUAAUUUGUUGCAUACCCGGCCAGGAGUUAUAAUGUUGUAUGAGUAAACCUGGUUAUGAUAGCAUGAGAUGGCACGCCCCGUCUGUUGGAUCUAAAGAAUCGGAUAGGGAUGCUGUGAAGCGACCGCUGGGCCACGUGUGCGCCAGCGCUUACUGGAAAAUCCCAUCCUAGGACCGGACCUAUUCUAAAAUGAUAUGCUCUUGCAUCACGGUGUUUUCCGGUUAUAUCCUCAUCAUCU